AUGGAUGGCGUCCAGGUGUACCCAUCCGAGCUCAAAUUUCCGUUCGAGCUCGGCAAGGAGCUAACGACGACGAUGACGCUGCACAACUCCGGGAACCGGCGCCUGGCGUUUAAGGUGCUGACCACCAAUCCCGACAAGUACUGCGUGAGGCCGUGCAUGGGCGUCCUGGAGCCGCGCGCCUCGCUGGAGGCCGUGGUGGCGAUGCAGGCGUACACGGAGGUACCCCGCGACCUGCACGACUGCGAAGACAGGUUCCUGGUGCAGAGCAGGGCGGCGACUGGGGACGAGUGGGAGGUCACGGAGAAGACGUUCCCGGCGAGCUGGAGCGGCGAGCUUAGGGAGACGCGCCUGCCGGUGUGGCUGGAGCUGCCGGAUGAAGACAAUCCCAGUCUGAUGAGCCUGGCGAUGGAGGCGGCGGGAUCGGCAAACGACGAGAUCGGCAAAAUGUUCGACGAAGAUCUGGAUAGUGAGGACGGGGAUGAUGAGGACGGCGAUGAAUUGGUGAAGACGGGGGAGGAGUUGAAGCGAUUCUUCGCUGCGAACGAGGAGUUCGCAUCGGUGGCGAAGGACGUGCUGAUGGAGCACCUGGACAAGAUUAUGAAGGAGAGGGAAGCGCUCAAGAAGCAGGUGGUGGUGUUGUCGCCGCGCGGCGGGUGGGUGGCGUCGAGGGUGCUGCGCGCGGGCCCCAGGCGCUGGUGGGAGCUUGGGGUGGGCUGGCCAGCAGUGCUGGCGGUGGUGGGGUCCUUUCUGCUGGGGAGGUUGACAGCAUGA